ACUCGAGUUCAGUGCAAAGCACCAUCCUCUCGAGCGACUUUCUCCGUUUUAAAUUUCUGUUUUCCUUCUCUGUUUCCUCUCUUUUUGUCUCCGAAGAGACAAGUGGUCCCGUGAGAGAGAAGAGAGAAACUGUUAUCGAGGGGAUUUAUCGUUUGACUAUUCUCUUAAAUAGAAAAAAAAAAUAGAGAAAGAGGAAGAAUUAAAACAAAACUAAAAAAAGGGAAAAAGAGAAGGAAAAAAAAAGAAAGAAAGAGAGAGAGAGAAAGAAAGAGGCGCAAGAAAAUAGGAACUUUAUAAAAGCGAAGAGAGCGAGUGUGUGCAAGGAGUGCGCACGUAUCGCUUUGCGAACAUCGUAAAGAAGGAUGGCUUACAGCUGGGAUAAUCGCGUUAGUUUUAUUGUGAGAUUUCUGUAUGAUAUCGAUAAUAAUGGUAUACUUGAAAAACACGAUUUUGAAUGUAUGGCAUUAAAGAUGACGCUGAUCGAAGGAAAAGGAGAAUUCAAUUAUAAUAGAUAUCAAGAAAAUCUUCAUAUAAUGCUUUCUUUAUGGGAAGAGAUUGCAGAAUUAGCAGAUUUUAAUAAAGACGAUAUAGUGACAAUAGAGGAAUUCAAGGAAGCCGUUCAAAGAAGUUGCGUCGGUAAAGAUUAUCGAGAUUUUCCACAAGCAAUGAAAAUGUUUAUAGACAGUCAUUUCAAGAUAGUUGAUUUAAAUGACGAUGGUGUCAUUGCUGCCGAUGAAUUUCGAUACAAUUGCGUUACUAGAAUAGCCGUGGAUAACGUGAAUAUUCUCGAUGAAGCUUAUCAAAAUCUUCUCAACGAUGACGAUAGAAGACGUGGCGGUUUAACUUUAUCACGAUAUCAAGAGUUAUAUGCACAAUUCUUGGGCAAUCCUGAUGACAACUGUCCAGCAGUGCAUCUAUUUGGUCCUUUACACGAAUUGUGUUAACAAAUUGUUGAAAAAUUAUAGUAACCUUUUUGUGCGUGCACAAAAGACAACGUAUUUAAUUUAAUUAAAAUAUGGGAAAAAAUAAUUAUAACACAUGAUACAAAUAGGAGAGAAUUUAUUCUUAAUGUGUUAACAACACAAUUCUCUCUCCGUUAGCUUUGGUACCCUUAACACGCUGUUUAUUACGAUGGAUUAAUUUGAUGCCUAUCCACUUUAUUUAAUGUAUUGCAGAUUGAUCUCAAAACCAUCAAUGAUAUGCAAUCUUUUAGAAUGGUUAUACAUUGUUAAGCGAAUCCAAAUAUAUUACUUCUCAUAUAUUAUCAGGCGAUAAACAUUUAUAUUGGAUUUGCGAUAUCAUUCACACAUCGAAUGUAUACUUUACAUAGAAUAUUGAAUUUACGUAAGAUAAUCAACAAGAUAUACAAAUUUAAAAGACAGAAUAAUACUCCGUCCUCUUUUGGAGCAUUCAUCUGCAUGUAGUAUAUCCUAGUAAUAUUUUUAAAUCUAUCGACUAACAAUUUCACCUAUUGAGUUUGUAACAUGUCUAUUUACUGUUUGUAGUUAGUAUAAAAGUUAUAUUUCAUAUAAAAUUUAUAUACUUAACUUUGUGAAAAAAGUUACAAAUUCUGAAGGAAAAAGCAUCACAAACACCGUGUAAUAUACUCGUGUAAGAUUAAUUAUUCAUUCGUCAAUUUUUCAUUUACAACCAAACAAUACUGCAAUAUGUCAUACUACGUAUCGCAAAACAGAAUAUCUAUAAAGUGAGUAAUUAAAUUUACUUACUAAAAAACGUACACGUUAAUACCAAUAAUCACAUUAAUGAAAUAGUACACAUUACUUAUUAUCGAUGAAAGCUAUUAUAGAAAUUUAAAGUAGAUCGGAUAUACUGUUUACAGUAAACAACUAACCUCGACUGUAAAAAAAUAUAAUAACAUAAUGAUUUCAGACAAAUCGUAUACGUUAUAUAAGCGCAGUCAUGGUAUAUCUCUUUUUAACCUUUUCUCCAAUUAUGUAUUACAAUCAUGUUGCCUAAAUUUGCUAAAAACUCAUUUAUUUACUAUUAGAAUAAUAACUUAAUUUACUCUUAACAUUAUAUCCGAUACAAAAUACUUUUGCAAAUUAAAAAUACUACUAUUUGUAUAAUCAAUAAUUCUUUCAGUUUGUAAAAGAUUAAAAGAAACAAAUGUGAGACAGAUUUUCAUAUACUGAUACCGAUACAAUACAUUUAUUAAUACAAUUAAAUAAAAAUAUAUGCGCCGAUAAUUUCAUACCCUUUUAAAAGAACACGUUUUCACGAUUUUAUUUAUUUAAAAACUGCUUCAUAAUUAAUUUUCCAAUAAUUUCAAUUACGGACGGCAACAUUCAUUUGGACAAAAUGAUGUGGACAUUAUUAAUAUUCGACAUUAUUUGAAUAUAACAUAAUAAUUUAGAUAUUAACAUAAUAUGUAUUAAUAUUACUUGUAUAUAUUAGAAAAUAUAAUUAUAUGUACCAAUAACUAUCUAUAGAUCUAAUUAAUUAAAAAUUUAGGCAUAUUCUGAAUGAUAUAAGUAACGUCAGUAUCAGAAUAUAUGAUCAGCCUCACAAUUUAUAAAAAAUGCAAAUCCUACCAUGCUCUAAAUAAACAAUAAUAACAAAAUUAAUACAAAUGCAUGUAAAUCAUGUGUGCCCGAUAAUAAAGGACUAGAUUCCUAUAAAAAUGGAACCUUUAAAAAGAGCUCAUUUACUAACUGAAUUAUGUAAGUAUUGAAUUUACCCUAAUAGGAAGUUUACCUAUAAGUUUAAUAAAAUAAAGAAAUUAUAAAAUCUUGCAGAAAA